AUGCAAAUGCAAAUGUCUUUAGCAUUCACUCAAGAUGAAAAAACAAAUUCAUCUUGGUCAAGGAAAGAAAGGCGAAAAUGGUUUUUAUCAUUAUUGUGUGGUACUUGUCUCAUAUAUGCUACAAGAACAUCUGUUCCUUUAUUAAUGCCAAUUAUAAGUAAAGAAAAACAAUGGUCUAAACCUGAUUCUGGCAUAAUACUGUCUAGCUUUUUUUGGGGUUACACAUUAACACAAGUUGCUAGUGGUUAUAUUAGUGAUAGAAUUGGAGGGCAAAAGGUAUUGUUGACCUCUGCUUUUGGAUGGUCUAUGACAACAUUUUUUAUGCCACAGAUUAUAGAGCUUUUUUCAAAAAGUGAUACAUCUGUAUUAUUAGUAGCAAUUGUAAGAACAAUAAAUGGAGCAUUUCAAGGAAUGCAUUUUCCUAGUAUGAUCAGUUUAAUAAGUCAACGGUUACAUGAAACAGAAAGAGCUUCAUUCUUUAGUUUAUUAACAUCAGGAUCUGCUCUUGGCACAUUAUUAACUGGAUCUUUAGGUUCCUACCUAUUGGAAAAUUAUAACUGGAUAACAGUUUUUCAAACAUUAGGAGGUUUGAGCUUGGCAUGGACACUGUUAUUAAGUUACCAUACUCUACCUUUUAAGGAAACAGCAGCUUCUAUUAAAUCAACUACUAAUUACACUUUGCCUUGGCUGAAGCUUUUAAGAAAGCCUCCAUUCUGGUCAUGUGUAAUAGGCCAUGCUUGCCAAAAUAAUUGCUUUUUUGUAUUAUUAUCCUGGAUGCCAACAUAUUUUCAUGAUACAUUUCCUGAAGUAAAGGGCUGGGUUGUAAAUAUGGUACCAUGGUUAUCUAUGUUACCUUGCACAUUUUUGGGUAAAGCCCUUUCUGAGAAAAUAAUAAAAGCAGGGUAUUCUGUUACAGUGACACGUAAAAUAAUUGAAACAAUAUGUUUUCUAACUGAAAUCAUAAGUUUAUUAUUUCUAGCAAAAGUGGAAACUUUUCAAAGUUCAAUAAUCUGUCUUGCAUUUAUAAUUGGUGGAUCAGGUUUUCAUAAUAAUGCAAUUGCAGUUAAUCCUUCAGAUCUUGCACCAAAACAUUCAGGAAGUGUAUUUGGAUUAAUGAACACUGUUGGUGCCAUACCUGGAUUUCUUGGAGUAUAUUUUUCUGGAUACAUUUUACAUGUGACACACAGCUGGCCUGUUGUAUUUAUAUUUAUAGCUAUAAUAGAUACAUUAGGAUGUAUAAUAUAUUUAUUAUUUGGUUCUGCUCAAGCAAUUAUAUAA